CCCUGGGGGAGCCUCGGUGUAGCGUGAGGACCUAGGCUGCUAAAUAGCAUGUGUCAUCUUCAUUAUCUAAAAUAAUAAGAAAAAACACUUCACUCUGGUCAAGGGGCUUCUAAUUCUGAGCAGCCCCAAAGAUCUAGACAUCUCCACGUGACAGGAGCAGCUAUAUGAGAAAGCAGCCCAAGCAUCAGGACCAGUAGUAACCUACCACUUCACCAUCUGCUCGAAGCGCAAAUGCAGACAAUCUAGAGGAGAAUCUACUGGCUUCACAUCCUUUGCUUUUAAAAACCCCAACGAUAAACGGGACGUCCGAAUGGUGUAGACAAGUUGGAGUGAAAAAGGACACGCUCUCCGCGGGGAAAUAGGUAUUACCGGAAUAAAACUCGCGUGCGUCUCAAGGAGAAGGGAGAUCACUCGGACCUCUGUUCUCUUCAGAAUAACUUUUCAUACAAGAGGUGAUGCUGUAUGCUCCAGACCCGCUGUGGCUUUCUGAAGUGGAUUUAGACUGUCACAUAUGCAGCACGCAAAGGGACACUUGUGAAUGAAGGAACGGUUAUCUUCAUAAAAUGAUAUUAUCCCGCGGUGAGAUACUAUGUUGUCGCUGCUCGUUUAAUGUGUGACAAAUUGGAAUCAUUCAAGAAACUGGAGGAAGCGAACCAGAUAAUUCAUCCCAAACACCAUUGGCACUUCUUAUUCGAGUCGGAACACCAGCCGUCCAGAUGCAGUUUCGACUUUUCUCAUUGACUUUAAUCGUGUUGAACUGUAUGGAGUACAGCAACUGUCAAACGCAGUCAAAUCGCUGGAGGAGGAACAAAAGAGCUAGCUAUGGUGUGUACCCCAUCUGCAAGGGCUGCUCGGUGUGCUCCAAGGACAAUGGCUGCGUGAACUGCCAGCCCAAGCUCUUCUUGUUCCUGCGGAGGGAGAGGAUGAGGCAGUACGGCGAGUGUCUCCACGCAUGUCCGACGGGAUACUAUGGCAUUCGAGCUCCGGAGAUCAACACGUGCUCCCGGUGCAGGAUAGAUAACUGUGAGUCCUGCUUCAGUAAAGACUUCUGCACCAAGUGCAAGGCAGGGUUUUACCUGCACAAAGGGCGCUGCUCCGAGAAGUGCCCCGAGGGCUUUGCGCCCCUGGAGGACACCAUGGAGUGUGGAGAGGGCUGCGAGGUGGGCCAGUGGAGCGAGUGGGGGUCCUGCACCAGGAGAAACAAAACCUGCGGCUUCAAGUGGGGUCUGGAGACCCGGACGCGGCACAUCGUGAAGAAGCCUCCCAAGGACACUAUACCCUGCCCCACUAUCGCCGAGUCCAAGAGAUGCAAAAUGGCCAUUAGGCACUGCAGGAGAGGAGAAUCAGGGAAGCACCGACCCAAAGAACCAAAGAAGAAGUCCAACAAGCAGAGGCUCCGGUUCCAGGCCCAGAACCAGCACAGUGACCACCUGGCCUCCAUGAGCUCCAGCCAAUAGAGGACUGGAACCCCCCUCCCCUUGGAACCUAAACAACACAAAGCUGCUAGCUGCUGCUCCACAAAUCUCCCCCCCCGUCAACCCACCCCCCUACCCCAGCACACAGUCACACUACACCCUAUUAAUGACCCUACACAUGUCUAUGGUUGUAGUAAAGUACACAUAUGCCCUCUGUCCCUGUCUCUCUCUGCCUUCUGCUGCUUCCCUCGUACCGUAGAGUACCGCAUCGUAGUGUACCGCUGACAGAUCAGCCAAUCAGCUUUGAGCCCACUGUGACAUCAUAGAACUCAUAGAAACAUUUGUUCCCUUUGCUCACACGUCAUGUACGUCUGGUUAGAACAAACCAAACGAGGGGCGACCGACACACACAGACGGACGGACUGAGGACGCGAAGGAGCAGAAGGAGAAUGAGGAAUGAGAUGGAUGUUGAUAAUUGUGAUGACUGUCCAGCUAAGGGGGCAAUGAAAGACGCCGAGACGACGAUUCCGACGGAGAGAGGAAGAGCGUGCAAAGAGAUGGAAUGAGAGGAUGAUCAAGAGAAGAGGAGAGAUUUGGCAGAAGCAACGAGGGUGACGGCUCUAAGUGACAUCUUUAAAUCAUUUAGACUUUUCUGUAUUUAUUUCAAAGCCAACUCUUAUUUUCCCCCCAUCGGAGGCGGUGUGUUCCAUGUACUGCCUGUUUGUUCACUAUGUACAUUUUUGAGAGUCAUGUUAAGGAAUACCAUGCAUAGUUGCAAUGUAUUUUAUUCUCAGCACAAAAUGUUUACGUCCAGAACCGCUUCAGCUCUCUAACUGUACGGUGUGGAUAAAUAAAUGUAGUUGUUUGACUUAGCAUGGCAAAAAAAAAAAACUCAUGCGUACAUAGUUGAUGAGUUUAUCCAAUUAUAAAACCUAUUACUGUGUUUUCGGUAUUGACUCUCCUUCAGCGUUCUAAAUGUUUUAGUGAAAAGGUUGUAAUAUCAAGCCACAGUUUCAAAAAGAUUGAAAACAAAGUAAUAAACAUAGCCACCACAUAGCUAUUACAUUUAUAUGGUAUAUAUUUGAUUUAUUUAUUGAUUCUAUUUUGUACUUUUGUGUUCGGUGACAAUUUUGUCUCAUACUGUUACUACUCUGUGCUGAAAUAUGAUUUGAAUCCCACAAUACAGAUAUCUUUAAAAGAGCCUCUUGUUUGUGUCUGGUCGUGCGAAACAGUUUGAGUGUUGCAUCGCGUUCAUUUGGUCUCAUCUACCGAUUUUCAAUGUUUCAAAAACGGCAAAAAUAAAAUGCGGGCUUCGUUUGACAUUCUUUUAGGUUUGAUAUUCAG